AUGGCGUCUUAUAACAAAUUUAUAUUUAGUAGAAGAAGCAUAUAUAAUUUUUAUGUGAAAAAAAAUAGAUUAUUUAGUAAUUCUGUAAAAAUAGUUGAAGUUGGACCCAGAGAUGGAUUGCAAAAUGAGAAAAAUAUUGUGCCAACAAAUGUUAAAAUUGAAUUUAUUAACAAAUUAUCAGAAAGUGGAUUAAAGAAUAUAGAAGUUACCAGUUUUGUAUCUCCAAAAUGGGUUCCACAAAUGGCAGACAAUGCUCAGGUUUUUCAAGAAAUUAAUAAGAAACCUAACAUUUCAUAUCCAGUAUUGGUACCUAAUUUAAAAGGCUUAGAAGAUGCACUAAAAGUAGGUGUAAAAGAAAUAGCUGUUUUUGUGGCUGCUUCCGAAACUUUUUCAAGAAAGAAUACCAAUUGUUCCAUUGAAGAUGGUAUGAAGAACAUUAAAGAAGUUAUUAAAAAAGCAAAAAACCAUGAUAUUAAAGUCAGAGGUUACAUAUCAUGCAUUGUUGGUUGUCCUUAUGAAGGUGAAGUUAAGCCAAUAAUUGUAGCCAAGUUAUGUGUAUUCAUGUUACAGUGUGGAUGCUAUGAAAUAUCUUUAGGUGAUACUAUUGGUAUUGGAACUCCUAGUAAGGUGAAAAGUGUAUUACAUGAAUUAGAAAAUAUAGCAAAUAUGAAUAAAUUUGCACUCCAUUGUCAUGACACCUAUGGGCAAGCUUUAGUAAACAUUUAUUCUAGUCUUGAAUGUGGCAUCAGAAUUUUUGACUCAUCUGUUGCUGGACUAGGAGGUUGUCCAUAUGCAGCUGGAGCUUCUGGAAAUGUUGCUACUGAAGAUUUACUUUAUUUCUUGCGUGGACAAGGUUUAGAAACUGGAGUGAACCUCAAGGAAAUAAUAAAAAUAGGAGAUUUUAUCAGUGGUCAACUUCAAAGAAAAAAUCAAUCUAAAGUGGGUGUUGCAAUUCUUGCAAAGGAAUGUUCCGAAAAUCAUGUAUAA